UUCACUGAUACGCAGAAAUGGCGUCGUGAAAGCACAUGCAACACUCUGCGUACUACUCAUGCUUCCAUUCGAGCUCAUAAUCGAAAUCCUCACUCGUCUCCCACUCACCACCAUCCUCCGAUUCCGUUCCGUAUGCAAGUCAUGGAAUUCCCUCAUCACCGAUCCCUCUUUCGCCCUCAACCAUCUCCAUGCAACCUCCACCCGCCGCCUCAUCUUCACGCGCCCCGCUGAUCCUUAUUUCACCGAUUACUCUCUCUCCUCCGCCUUCGCCUCCACCUCCGCCGCCGCAACUCGCCUCUUCCCGUCCGCUGUCCCCGGCUCCCACUUCCACCACUCCAUAGUCGGAUCCUGUAACGGCCUCCUCUGUCUCUUCACCGUUUCCAGAAAUCUCCUUCUCUGGAAUCCGUCCACCGGAAAGUUCAGAAACUUGCCGUCGUUGGAAGAUCAACGCUUCUCCGUCGUUACCUCGGGAUUCGGCUACGAUCACGUGACUCACAGUUACAAGGUGGUGGUUGUUCUUUACAUUAAGAAUCAUGAAUUCGACUCUAGGGUUCAUACUUUGGGAUCUGAUUCGUGGAGAAGGAUUCAGCACUUUCCUCUCAGCAGCACUGCGUGUUGUCCUGGAAGAUUCGUGAGCGGCAUACUUAAUUGGUUGGAUAAGAAUCGGUUCAUUGUUUCUCUCGAUUUGGCAUUGGAGUCGUAUCGACGAAUUUCGCUUCCUGAUUUCGGAGGUAACAAUACUGAUGAGUUUGAAUUGACAUUAGAGGUCUUCAAGAACAGUUUAUGUGUUCUCUCAUGCUGUAGCCAUUUCACUGAUGUUUGGAUCAUGAAGGAUUAUGGAAUUGCAGAGUCUUGGACUAAGCUGUUGUGUGUGCCUGAUUUGAUAUAUUAUCCUGAAUUCCUUGGAUUCGAUUUCAAUGUUCCGCGCGCUACAAGGGCGAUUUGUAUUUCCGACGAAGAUGAUGAGAUACUAUUGGAGCUGUGGUUGGACAUGGAGCAGAAGUUUGUUGUCUAUAAUUUCAGUGAUGACAGUUUUAGGCCUGCUGGCAUCGAGAAAUUUGGCGGCCGCGUAGCCUCGGAGGUUUGUGAGAAUUACUGAAAGCAAUGUCACUGGUAUGCUUGUUUGAUUUAGCCUUGAAGAAAUUAUAUUACUCUGUCAUGGUUAUUAACUACUCUAUUAUUAUAUGGAGAAUCCCAUAGGGUCCAAAAUCUGUUAACCAAUUCUGUUAGUGUGAGUAUAUAGAUAGAUAGGCUCUCUUAUGACUAGCUUUUAUAUUCAUCUUCAAUUGAUCUAUGAAAUCAUAGAUGAUAUUCAGUCAUUACAAUAUGUUUAAUUUCUAAUGUAUUUUUGAUAUUGUAACAAUAUGUUUUACAACU